GACGUGCGCAUGGACUCUCUUCUGAGGGUUGGUGCGCACAGGCCCCAGCGGAGGGGGCGGGGAGCUCUCCAGGUGCGGAGGAUCACCUGGGAAAAUGGGGAGAGGAGGAACUGGCUCUCGAACCACAAGCAAGGCGGAUUACCUAGGUAUGAAGUCGAGCUUGUCAUGAGGUCCUAUGAGGCACCGGCCCGGGCCACGGAGGGCGGCACUCUGUGAUCCGGGGGGGAGCGUCCCGUGAGACGUGC